ACAUUUAAACCAAUAUAUAAACUAUGUUUAUGGACACCCCUUCAAAUCAUUGGAUUCAGGUGUUCCAAUCACCUCCAUGGCCACAGGUGUAUGCAAACUGCUUCUACAAACAUUUGUGAAAGAAUGGGUCACUAUCAGGAGCUCAGUGAAUUCAAGUGUGGUGCCGUGAUAGGUUGCCACCUGUGCAACAAGUCCAUCCUUGAAAUUCCCUUGCUACUAAGUAUUCCUCAGUCAACUGUUAGUGGUGUUAUAACAAAGUGGAAGCAACUGGGAACAACAACAACUCAGCCACGAAGGGGUAGGCCACGUAAAAUGACAGAGCAGGGUCAGCGCAUGCUAUUGUGCAGAAGUCGCCAACUGUCAGCAGAGUCAAUUGCUAAAUACCUCCAAACUUAGUGUGUCCUUCAAAUUAAAACAACAUCUGUGCGUAGAGAGCUUUAUGAAAUGGGUUUCCAUGGCUGAGCAGUUGCAUCCAAGCCUUACAUCACCAAGUGCAAUGCAAAGCAUUGGAUGCAGUGGCGUAAAGCACGCCACCACUGGACUCUAGAGCAGUGGAGACAUGUUCUCUGGAGUGAUGAAUCACGCUUCUCUGUCUGGCAAUCCGAUGGAUGUGUCUGGGUUUGGCGGUUGCCAGGAGAACAGUACUUGCCUGACUGCAUUGUGCCAAGUGU